GGUAAAUAUGGGAUCAUGUUUCAGCGCACUUGGAUUGAUGGGACAUUUUUGUCAAAAUUUCAUUUCUGUGCAAUAAUUUUCCAGUUUUUCACAAUUUUCCCCAUGCAAAAAUGGCAAUAACGUAUGUUUGUGGUGAUUUUCUUGAGUUUCAAGAGUCCCUGAAGAAGAUGCGCGAAAUGGAUGAUAAGAUCAUUUAUGCCCUCAACACUAGUAUACCCACGGAAUCAUUUAAAGGUCAAGUGGAUGCCACUGGGACGUGCAAAGGGCUUUUCCGGCAAAUCCAGGAAGCACACAGUCAACGGGAGGAGGCCAUAAAAAGGUGCAUUGUCGUCGCGGCGGACAGAGUAAAGGUCCUACGGGAAGAAAGGGACAAUAAAAGGGACGAUAUGGCUAUAGAUAAGUCUUUCAAGGCGGAACAGAGAAAGUUACGAUUGCUGCAAUCUGAAUUAAAUGUGGAAGAUAUUGUUAAGGAAAGAACACUCAAGGCAUUUACGGAACGAUGCAGGCUCUUCUUUAAGCCGGACUCCUUGUAAGGAUCACUUUUGGUCCCCAAACUGGGGAGAAAGCAUGGACUUUCAUAGAUUUUUCUUAGACUUUUGUAUUUUUUGCAAAAUAUAUUGCGAUUGUUUUUAGAUACUGCCAAA